AUGGACCAGUUCCGCGACUCUGUGGUGGGUGGCGCAGGCCGCAUGCUUGAUAUCGAUGGUGACGGUGUGGUUACACUGCAGGAGGUGGAGGAGAGUGCCCACAAGGCUUAUCGUCGGGUUUCGGCAGUCGUGGACACUACGAGGAAUGUGGUUCGAGAAGAUAUGCGCGACAGUCUGCCGGGGAACAUACCUCUCUUUUGUUACAAGCGGGAUGGUGAUGCUGCCCUGGCUGAUCUUGAUGAACCAGAUGUCGGGCGUUCUCCUACUGAUGUUGGUGUACUAGAAGUGGUCCUACGCACCAUCGAUACGGAGAAGCUGAGCAGAGCGUUCCGCAACAUAUACACGCAAGUCCUCACCUGUCUGGCAACAGCCCUCUCUAGGAAUGCUGCUCGGUUUGGUCUUGGAAUGAAUACCGCCAGCACCAUCGUGGGCGUGGUCAAUCAAUUCCUAUCCCCACAGCUCAAACGUUUUGAGGAGUCUGAAACAGGCCGAUCCUUGAGUUCGAACUCCCGCUUGGCUAUCCGAUUCACUACGAAGGGUGCCGUCGCUGCAAUGGCUGUGUACAUCGCAUACAAGAUGGAGCGAAGCUUGGCCAAUUGGGCGAACUGUUUGUUGGGUGCUCAGUUGCUCACCAACUGCGGACACGAGCUCUACUAUCGUUACGUCGUGGGUACUGCUCCGCCAGCAGGGUCCUCGCGCAAGCUCGCGACAUCUGUGACGGUGAUUGCUGCACUCGGUUUCGGGUAUCAAAUGCGCUCCGGUCCACUGAGUGAAGACAUGCCCUUUUGGUUGCGCUGGCCUCUCAUUAUACCGUCAGCUGUGGAGAGUGUCCUCCAAGCCGUAUCGGUCGGCACGGAGCAGUACAAGCUGACGACUAGCCCUAGUUUCUAA